UUCCGGCAGAACCCCGUCUGGUGUUGCUGCGGUCCACGCCUUUAGCUCCGCCCCCAAGAAGCUAUCCCCUCUGGAGCAUUCGUGACUCGUUGGUCUGAUUCCAGAGACCAAGUCUGCUGGAGCUGUGUUGUUGUUGUACCGUUGCAGAUAUGGCUGAUGAUGGUGUAGAUGAGCGAUCCCCUUUACUGUCAGCACCUAACUCUGGGAAUGUCACACCAACAGCACCCCUGUAUUUACAAGACAACAGCCCGAGAGCAGAACUGCCUCCUCCCUACACAGCUAUUGCCAGUCCUGAAGCUGGUGGGGUGCCAGUAAUAAACUGCCGGGUGUGCCAAUCCCUGAUCAAUCUGGAUGGCAAGCUUCAUCAGCAUGUGGUUAAAUGCACUGUUUGCAACGAGGCUACGCCAAUCAAAAAUCCUCCCACUGGAAAGAAGUAUGUGAGGUGUCCAUGUAACUGUCUUUUAAUCUGUAAAGAUACAUCCAGACGGAUAGGAUGCCCAAGGCCCCACUGCAGACGAAUAAUAAACCUGAGCCCGGUGAUGGUGAUUCCAGAGGAGCAGCCUGCACAGCCUGCCCUGCCAGUCCAGCCUGAAGGGACUCGAGUCGUGUGCGGUCACUGCAGCAAUACAUUCCUGUGGAUGGAACUCCGAUUCAACACGUUGGCAAAAUGCCCCCAUUGCAAAAAAAUCUCUUCUGUAGGCAGUGCACUCCCACGGAGGCGUUGCUGUGCGUACAUCACCAUUGGCAUGAUAUGCAUCUUCAUUGGAGUUGGAUUAACUGUUGGAACUCAAGGCUUUGCUAGACGUUACCAUGCAACAUACGUGUCCUGGGCUUUUGCUUACCUCUUGGGUUUGAUCUGUCUGGUCCGAGCCUGUUACUGGGGAGCCAUAAAAGUCAGCUAUCCUGAGCACAGCUUUGCAUAGACCUGUCUUUUAUCAAUUCAUGCUUUUUUUAAUUUAUUUUUUUGGAAUUCAGAGGUUUUGUCAAGGUUGGAUGCUAGACGAUGGACUUACAUGUUCUUUCCUUUUAAGUAUUAAGUUACCAACUAGACCAUAAGAGAUAGUCUUUUAAGAACAAUUGCCCAUUGCACUAAAUUUGUAUGCAAUUCCUCAUUUUUGUUGCUGCUAGAUUGCCCAGCUACUAAGACUUAAAGCUGAGUUAAAAAAAAAAAAAACUGCUUUUGUAAUAUGUUCUAUUAGAAUAAACUACAGUAUACAAACUUUUAGCAUUGUAUUUUUUUAAUGAUUCUUUGUAAAAUCCAUUAGUGCCAUUAUUGACAGAAUUACAAGUCUCCAUUGUAAAGGAACAGCCUUUCUGAAACUUUCUCAUGUUUCUACUUGUUUCUUAAUAUUAAUUAACUUAAUGCUCUACUGCUUUCAUUGAACUAGAAGCAGUAAACCUUAUUUUCUUUUCCCAUUUUCAAACUGCUUUGUGCAUUCACAUACUCCACAUUUUCAUGCAAGUUGAGUUUUGCUGAUGACAUUGGAAAUCACUCCUGUGCAUGAUCUUCUGCACCAGUGCUGAAUUUCAAAAUGUCGCUCUUGCUUUGAGUCACCUGUAAUGUAUGUGUAAAUACCUAUUGCUUCCAGCUUGCUGUUGGAUCUUGGAUUUGUGAAAUUUCAGUAGCAUUACAAUAGUUCAGCAUUCUGUUGACAAUAUGGGCACAAUAAAUAAUUGUUCUGAAUGUCAUCUAAAAAAAAAUAUUUGUACAAUAUUAAUUAAAUACACGUAGAGCAGUAGUUCAAGUUGGACUAUGCCUUGUGUCUUUUUGAAAAGGAUCAUAAUUUAUCAAUAAAAAUAUAAAAACA